AUGCGCUCACUGAAACCCGCAGCCCGCUGUCUUGCCGUUGCUCAACAUCUGAAAAGCAUCUCAUACGCAAACCAACCUUUCUCGGCCUUCUUCAGCACCACCCACAACAUCAUGGCCUUGAACGGCACCACUACCGAGAACGGGACACAUUUUGAAGGCACAACACAUGCCGCCUUCCCUACACCAGCAGACAGCCACAAGGCUGAUCGCGAUGACCUCGGCCCUCGCCAGGUGAAGAACGCCAUUUUCACAUGGGUCCGUCCCGAGAAGCAACGAGACCCGGAGCUUCUCGCCGUCUCACCAGCUGCCAUGUGCGAUCUCGGUCUCGCGUUAUCCGAAGCAGACACAGAAGAGUUCCGCGAGGUAGCAGCAGGCAACAAGAUUAUCGGCUGGGACGAGGAGACGCUCUCCGGCUCCGGUUACCCCUGGGCUCAGUGUUACGGAGGCUUCCAGUUCGGUCAGUGGGCAGGCCAACUCGGUGACGGACGCGCCAUUUCCUUGUUCGAAGGAACCAACCCAUCCACAGGUGUUCGGUAUGAAGUUCAGCUCAAGGGCGCCGGCAUGACGCCCUACAGCCGCUUUGCGGACGGCAAGGCCGUUCUCCGCUCCAGCAUCCGCGAGUUUGUCGUCAGUGAGAACCUCAACGCCCUCGGGAUUCCCAGCACUCGUGCCCUAGCCAUCACUCUGCUCCCACACUCGCGCGUGCGCCGUGAGACCAUGGAGCCCGGCGCCAUCGUCGUGCGCAUGGCCCAGAGCUGGCUGCGCUUCGGCAACUUCGACAUUCUCCGCGCCCGCGGCGACCGCAAGCUCGUCCGGCAACUAGCCACCUACAUUGGCGAGGAUGUCUUCGGCGGGUGGGACAAGCUUCCCGGCCGCUUGGCGGAUCCCGAAGGUGCAGCCGGCGACGAACCCUCUAGGGGAAUUGCCAAAGAAACCGUCGAAGGACCCCCCGGAGCCGAGGAAAACCGGUUCCACCGUCUCUACCGCGAAAUCAUCCGGCGCAACGCCUUAACCGUCGCCAAGUGGCAGAUGUACGGCUUCAUGAACGGCGUGCUCAACACUGACAACACCUCCAUCUUCGGCUUGUCCAUCGACUUCGGCCCCUUCGCCUUCAUGGACAACUUCGACCCCAACUACACGCCCAACCACGACGACUUCGCCCUGCGCUACAGCUACCGCAACCAAGCGACCAUCAUCUGGUGGAACCUAGUCCGACUAGGCGAGGCCCUGGGCGAGCUGAUCGGCGCCGGUCCCCAAGUCGACGAUGAAUUAUUUGUGACCAACGGGCUUAACUUUGACGACGAGGAGGCUUCCAAACCCAUCGAGGAGCGCGCCCACAAGCUCAUCACCCUGGCGGGCGAGGAGUUCAAGGCCGUGUUCAUGGGCGAGUUCAAGCGUCUCUUCACUGCCCGCUUGGGCCUCAAGACCUACAAGGAAUCCGACUUUGACUCCCUGUUUGACUCCCUCCUCAACACCAUGGAAGCCCUCGAGCUCGAUUUCAACAUUUUCUUCCGCCGCCUCUCCACUCUGAAGACGGCGGACCUACAAACCGAAGAAGCCCGCCAAAAGGCGGCCGACGUCUUCUUCUCCAAGGUCGAAGGCGUCCCCGGGCCAGGAACCGACGAGGAAAAGGCGCGCAAGCGCGUGGGCGAGUGGUUGGAUAAGUGGCGGGUGCGAAUUGAGGAGGAUUGGUCUUCUGAGGGUCAAGGUGCUGACUUGGAGGAGCGGGUUGCUGCGAUGAAGAAGGUCAACCCUAGCUUUAUCCCGCGCGGAUGGAUUCUGGACGAGGUGAUCCGUCGCGUGGAGAAGGAAGGGGAAAGGGAUGUGCUCAAGAGGGUGUUGCAUAUGGCUACGCAUCCGUUUGAGGACGCGUGGACUGGUAAGGAGUUUGAGGAUGGGCCGACUGGAAGGGGUGUUUAUCAGGGUGAUAAGGCGGAGGAGGAGAGGUGGACGGGAGAUGUGCCGCAGCAGAAGAAGGCUAUGCAGUGCAGCUGUAGCUCGUAA